AUGGCCCACGACCACGACCGGCCCUCCACUGGGGCCUCGUCCGACCCCCCAGAGCAUUCCGUCCAUAUGCGCUCGCGUUCUACCGCCCACGCCCACUCGCCCAAGCGCCUCUCCGUCUUCAGUGGUCGCUCCCGGAGCAAUACCACCAACUCCACCUCCUCCUCUCGUCGCUCCCCGGCCUCCUCCAUGACCUCGGCCGAUGCCGCCUCGAUCCCCUCGUCCCAGCACUCCCAUGAGGAGCGAGCCCCGUCCGCCACCGGCUUCCGCUCCGAGCGCCAGGAGAGCAUGACCAAGUCGCUCUUCACCCGCGGAAGCCGCAUCCUGCGUCGCCAGGGAAGCAAGUUCAACAUCGUCGCGACCGUCGACGAAGCCGACGAAGGCGAACGGGAGAAACCCCGCUUCGAGGUCACGGAUAUCUUCACACGGCACCAUCGAUCCCGCCAGAGUUCCGCUCAUGACCACCUCAAGAGCCUGAUCUCCGACCCCUUCGACUUCCACCACCUGACCCACACCAGUCCGUCCCAUUUCCAGGAGCUGGACAGAACCCGCCAGACGGACCUGGUCACCGAGUUCUCCGCCAUCCGCGCCUCCCAGCGCCCCGUCACCGGUCUCAAGGGCAUCCGUGCCGAAGAUCUGCAUUUCCGGGGAUUUCUCCUCCGAGGACCUCACCAGCUGUGCCAACUGUACCAGCUGUGGAACGGCCAUCGCCGGCGAUGA